GGGAAGUACUGCUAGCGGUUCCCAGACCCGAGCCCUUUGCAUCCUCUCUGAGUCCCCCAUGUCCCCUUCAGAGCUCUCCAGUCGCCCUCGCGCCAAUCCCUACUCGGUUUUACCGCCUUCUAUCCCUUCACCCCCAGCAACGCUCAGCUCCCAAGCCUCUCCGCCAGCCCGCCCUGCGACCCCCGGUUCCCCGCUUACGGACCUCGGGAUCUCCGCUGCCGCCGCCGCCGUCGCUGCCACCGCCUGCUGUGCCCAACCCGCCGCUCGCCUCUCUCUGCCGCGCGCCCUGGGACAGGCGGACGGAGCUCGGCUCCGGUGGGCUCAGACCUCCCUGGUCGAUUCUCCGGCGCGGGGGUCUGUGCUCCCCCGCCCAGGAUCUGCCCGGAGCCGCUCUGGAGCCCCAGAGCUGCGGGGAGCUGGGUCUUGGCCGGGCUAGGGAGAAGCCACUGCGUUGCGCUCUGCCAAAAUGACCAUGGAGUUUCCGAUUAGGUCUACGACAAUGGUGAUAACCAUCGCGCAGAACAUAAAGAUGAUUAGAGCCGUGCAAACACCUGGCAAAGAGACGUAGAUUGCAGAGGGAGCGGGAGCAAGGGGACUUUCAAAGGAUCCGGUUACAGCCCAAGCCAGUCGGCAGCCCCCAGCAGGAUGCGGAGGACAGCCGGUGGCCCCUUGAACCCUAGAUGCUUGCCUCUGUCGUAUCCUUGUGAGAUCCAUCCCACACCUCCUGCCCUUGCCUGUCUAGAGCCUUCUGUGCCCCGCGGGGAACUGGGGACUACUGAUGGGCGUUCCCACCCCCAAUUGGGGUCCCUAAUCCCUAGGGAAGUUAUCCCAGCUCCUGUUCUCGCCAGGAGCCGCUUGGCUCUCUUGGCGGCAGCCGUGAGGAGCCGCUUAUUCCGGUCCAGGUCUUGCACUCUCCGUAAAGAGACUUAUUCUGCGCCCAGCUCUGGAAGCAGGGAGCGGGUCUGCACCCUGGGACCCAGGGAAGGCAGCGGCGGCCACUCGGUCCUCAGCUUUGGGGCCAACGGGAGUGGAAGCUCGUCUCCUUCCCAGCUGCGGGCAGCCCAGCGGCGGGAGCCACCGGACGCUUUGGGAAAAAGUAAAGCAGGCAAUAAAGCUCUUUUCUUGGGCCCCCUCUUCACGAGGAAACCCAGGACGAGAGGCUCUCCGCUCCCCUCUCGCGGUACGGGGCAGUCAGGCAGGCUGAGGGAGCUGCGCUGCAGCUGUGGGAAUGGUGCGGAGAUGUCAGGCGGCAAAGCCAAGAAGCCGCUGGCUGACCGGCGACCCCUUCCUCAGUCAGGAUUCAUCUCGGUCUUUCGACUUUCCCAUCUCCUUCUGGGGUUCUCCUUUCGACCCCAUCCCUCUGAGGCCGCACCCCCCGCCCCAACCCAGCCGUCCACAACGCGGAUCUCUGCUCCCAUGCGUCACGGUUACCCGGCGGUGCUCCCAGGAUCUCGCAGCACAGGGACCACGGAAAAUUCGAAUAUUUGGGCAAAACUAAAGGGGUGCCAUUCUGACCCUCGUUCCUUCAACAAUAAAAAUGCCCUUGGUCAUGGGAAUGCAUUUUUGCCGCCUACUAAAAGUUACAGCUAGGGUCGAGAAGCCUUCCAAAAU